AUGGCUAUGGCGGGUGGCGGCGCGGCGGCGGCCAAGAGGUGCAUGAACCCGGCCUGCGGCGGGCCGGCGUCGUCGGUGGUCGGGGCGGGAGGGGACUGGAGGAAGGGCUGGCCGCUGCGAUCCGGAGGCUUCGCCCUGCUCUGCGACAAGUGCGGGUUGUUAUAUGAACAGUUUGUGUUUUGUGAUAUAUUUCACCAAAAGGAAUCAGGAUGGAGAGACUGCUCAUUUUGUGGGAAGCGCCUCCAUUGUGGAUGUGUUGCUUCAAAGAACUCUUAUGAUCUACUUGACAGUGGAGGAGUUCAAUGUGUCACGUGCAUGAAAAAUUCAGCAGCUCAGUCUGCUUCUGGCCAAGUGGUUCCGAAGCUUUUUCCAUGUCCAAAUAAUCUGCGGUUUUUCGAUAAAACCGACGAGUUAUUGUCAAGUAGAAAAUUUGAACAGCCACCCUCUCUUAUGUUGGAUUCCAGAAAUGAUGAUAUUGCUAUUGUAAAUAAGAGCAAUCACCUGUUCAUGGUGAAAGGCAUAGAGGCUGGACAAAGCAGUAACAUCUUGAGACAAAAAGAGAUAGAGAAUGGUUCAAGGCAGAUUAAAUGGGAACAACCAACCCUUAGUAUUGGGGACAUGGGAAGGCCUUUCCUAACUAGGUCUCGAAGUGCAUUAGAGUCACCUCAAUGUACUCGAAGAGAUGACAAUAAGGAUCCAACUACAGAUAGCACAACAAGUGAAUCAUUUUCAGAGGCAUGUCUGAGCAUGAGCCUAGGUAUUGCAAGCAAUGGAAACAGGAUGGAGGCUACUUCAACAGCGGAAAGACCUAUUCUAUCGCCAACAACAGCCAUUGCUGAAGGACGAGAACUUGCCACUACACUAUCUCCCUUUCAGCAAGCACAGAGGGCUCGGCAUUUCCUGACCAGACCACCAAGGGUUGGUGAAGGUGCUGCUUUUGAUCCAACGAGAGACAUGUUUCCGCAUCUUCGUGUUGCUAGACCACCUGCUGAGGGAAGGGGCCGCAAUCAAUUACUUCCUCGGUAUUGGCCAAGAAUAACAGACCAAGAGCUGCAACAAAUAUCUGGAGAUUCAAAUUCCACAAUCGUUCCAUUGUUCGAGAAGGUCCUGAGUGCGAGUGAUGCAGGCCGCAUAGGGCGCCUUGUUCUUCCAAAAGCUUGUGCUGAGGCAUAUUUCCCCCCAAUUUCUCAACCAGAAGGUCGCCCCUUGACAAUUCAAGAUGCAAGAGGAAAAGAAUGGCAUUUUCAGUUUAGGUUUUGGCCAAAUAAUAACAGCAGAAUGUAUGUCUUGGAGGGUGUUACACCAUGCAUACAGUCUUUGCAAUUACAAGCUGGCGAUACAGUGACCUUUAGUCGUAUAGAUCCUGGAGGGAAACUUGUUAUGGGCUUUCGGAAGGCCACGAAUACUGUCAGUCUGCCAGACUCACAUAUUUCAGCUAUUGCAAAUGGUUCCCUUCUCAGUGAGACACUCUUUUCUACUGCAAAUGAGAACAUAGGAGUAGUAAGUGGUUAUCCUGGAUUUCUUCACUCAGUAAAGGGAGCUGCAGAUCUCCAUCCAAGCUCUGUAUAUGAUCAUCAUAUGAACUCAGCUGAUGGGGAUGUCAGUUGGAAUAAGGCAGAUAAAUUUGGCAGCAGGCCAGAUGAGGGGUCUUUGCAAUUUUUACAAAAACGUAGUCGCAAUAUUGGUUCCAAAAGCAGGAGGUUCUUAAUCGAUGCUGAAGAUGCCAUGGAACUAAAGCUUACCUGGGAAGAGGCUCAAGAGUUGUUGCGCCCUGCUCCCACUGCAAAGCCAACUGUUGUGAUGAUUGAGGACUAUGAAUUUGAAGAAUAUGAUGAACCCCCUGUCUUUGCAAAGAGAUCAAUUUUCACCAUCCGUGCAACAGGGGAACAAGAUCAGUGGAUUCAAUGUGAUGAGUGCUCAAAAUGGCGUCGGCUGCCUCUUAAUGUUAUUGUUGCAUCCAAAUGGACAUGCAUCGAUAACUCAUGGGACCCAAAAUGCUGCUCCUGCUCUGCGCCUGAAGAGUUGACCCCAAAAGAGUUGCAAAGUGUUAUGCAGCUGUAUGAAGAGAUGAGGAGGCGAAAGGGCAGCUAUGGUCUGAAGCUGAAUGUCGCUGAAAUGGAUGCAUCCAGCCUUGACGCCUUGGCCAGUGCCGCAGUAUUUGGUGAAGUCGGGAACCAAGGUACCGCUUCAGUCGCGACAACCACAAAGCACCCCCGGCAUCGCCCUGGCUGCACAUGCAUUGUGUGCAUCCAGCCGCCCAGCGGCAAGGGCCCGAAGCACAACCCUGCGUGCACCUGCAACGUGUGCAUGAUGGUCAAGCGUCGGUUCAAGACACUGAGGAUGAGGAAGAAGCAGCGGCAGUCGGAGCGAGAGGAGGCAGAGGCGAGCAAGAAGAUCGCAUGGGUGAACAGAGAAGAACCUGAGGGGAGCAACCUGUCAAGAUCCCCGCAGACGCUGGACACCACCCGAGACAACAGUGAUGUGACCAUGUUCGACAAGGUGGCCGACAUGAACAAGGGGCACAUAGACCUCAACUUCCACCCUGCCCCUGCCGUCCGUGGCGACCAAGGACAGCAUGGCGCGCAGCAGUCCCGGCCGGUGAGCAUAAUGGACCUCCUGGAAGUGGCGAGCCGGCCCCUUGAUAACUACAUGAAGCAGAACGGCCUGACGAGCCUGGUGGGGGAGCAAGGUGGUGGCAGCUCCAGCACGACCACGGUCCCACCGGCUCCGGUGGAGAGUGAGGAGCGGACGUCCAACGAGGGCCGCGUCGCAUCAGCAUCAGCAGAGCGGGAACCGGACGCCAUGGCCAUCGACGAGGCUGGCGAGAACCAGCAGGACAAGGCUGCCGACGAUGCUGCUGCUGCUGCUACUUGA